UGCUAUCAGUUUGUGCAUGUUGGUCAGAGAGAGCACUUGGCUCGACGAGAGGCUUGGCCACACAUGAUCGGCCGAGGCUCACACUCCACAUCUCUAACUCUCGUUCCUUUUUUCUCCCUUUAUCUCUUUUCUGCCUCUGUUUGUUUUUGUCCUGCACUCUGACCAACCCUGGGUGUCUCUUCACGGCAGAGUUCAGAAUUGCACUACAAUGUCUGCGGUGGCUUCUCUGCUGUAAGCACACAAAGGUUAUGCUGCCCAAAAGCUGUCUGAGUCCCAGUGAGAAAGAGAAAGGCUAAAGCCGCACCGAUCCAAACCAGCUUUCCAGAGCCUCUCCAGCAGCAACUCUACUGUGGAGCCAUGAGCAACCCCAGCGCUCCCAACCAGAUUACAGAUGCCGUGGCAUCGGUUAUUCACAGUCCAGAGGCCCCUGCUGCCUCAUCACUACACGGGACUCCGCGCCCUGAAGAGGAGGAUGAUGGGGACCUGAACAAAGCCUUGGGCGUUCAGCGCUUCCAGCAGAUCCUCAGCCCUGCUGCUGUCGUACCUGAUGAACAGCACCACAUCUACCACGAGGAGGACAUUGAAUACCACCGUCACUCCUCUCACCACAUCCACCGUCCUCUGUCCAAACUGCCCCCCGAGGGACGCAAGAAGAAGAACAGCAAGAAAAGGAAAAAGGACAAAGAUCACAAAAGCAGCCAUGUUCCCAGCAGUGGCCCCAUAGAGGAGGGAGAGGAUGAAGAGGAGGAGGAGGAGGAGGUGACUGAGACGACUUCUGCUCCAUCUGAGUUGGAGAGAGUCAAAGAUGUGGAGUUCUUCGUUUCAGAUGAGGACCAUGUGGCCAAAUGGGGCAAAGAGAGCCCUCACUCAUCCCGUGAGCUGAAUAUCGUACCACAGUCUGGGGAGGGAGCUGAUCCUGAAGAUGCAACGUCCUCAGAUAAGCCGGCCUCAUCUGACGCUUCCAGCCCCGCUCCCCAGUCAGUGCCACCUGAACACAUACCACUGGCCCGGGUGUCCUCCGCCAGCCGCAGCUACGACCUGCAAGAGCGUCGGCGCACAGGAAACAUGACGGGUGCUGAGCAGGCCAAAUACGAGCGCAUCCCUACUGACGAGAGCGAGGCUCAGACGCUGGCCUCCGCUGACCUGGACGGCAUCAAGAGUCAUCGUUUCGAAGAUGUUCCCGGCGUGCGCAGACACCUGGUCAGAAAGAGCACCAAGGGACAAGUGGUGCACACUGGCAAGGACCACAAAGAGCCGACCACUCGCAACCGUAAGCAGGACCGAACUCCACAUGAGGUGUUUGUGGAGCUGAAUGAGCUGACUAUGGACAAGAACCAGGAGAUGCAGUGGAGGGAGACGGCUCGAUGGAUCAAGUUUGAGGAAGACGUGGAGGAGGAGACCGACCGCUGGGGGAAACCUCACGUGGCCUCACUGUCUUUCCGCAGUUUGCUGGAGCUCCGAAGGACCAUUUCACAUGGUGCGGUGCUGCUGGACCUGGACCAGAAGACCCUGCCUGGCAUCGCCCACCAGGUGGUGGAGCAGAUGAUCAUUUCUGACCAGAUCAAAGCUGAGGACCGAGCCAAUGUACUGAGGGCCCUGCUGCUGAAACACAGUCACCCAAGCGAUGAGAAGGAGCACAGUAGCCCUUUCCCCAGGAACAUCUCCGCAGCCAGCCUGGGCAGUCUGAUAACACAUAACCACAGUGCCAAUCAUAUCCAUCAGCCAGAACCAUCGGUGACCGACCCACUCAUGGGCACCAUCCAUGCCACGGUUGACGUAGACACACGCAUCGACAUGGAGAAGAACGAGUUACAGCAGAAGGAGCUGGCCGUGGGGUCCGGUAUGCAUCGGUCCAAAUCCAAACAUGAGCUAAAGCUGCUGGAGAAGAUUCCUGAAAAUGCUGAGGCCACUGUUGUCCUUGUGGGCAGCGUGGACUUCCUGGAGCAGCCCACCAUGGCGUUUGUGCGGCUGCAGGAGGCGGUGGAGCUGGAGUCCGUCCUCGAGGUCCCAGUGCCGGUCAGGUUUCUCUUUGUUCUGCUGGGACCCCCCACCACCAGCAUGGACUAUCACCAGAUAGGGCGCUCCAUCUCCACACUCAUGUCUGACAAGCAAUUCCACGAGGCAGCCUACCUGGCAGACGACAGGCAGGACCUGCUGAACGCCAUCAACAGCUUCCUGGACUGCAGCAUUGUGCUGCCGCCUUCAGAGAUGGGAGGCGAUGAGCUGCUGCGCUCUGUUGCUCGCUUUCAGAGGGAGAUGCUGCGCAAGAGGGAGGAGCAAGGGGUCAAACUGUUGACCAAGGAGCCUAAAAGCCUUGAAGAAAAAGAGGCCCUCCUCACACCCUUGAAAAAGUCAGACGACCCUUUAGAGCGCACCGGACGCCCCUUCGGUGGGCUGAUACGAGACGUGCAGCGCCGUUACCCAAAGUACCUCAGUGACUUCAAAGAUGCCCUGAACAGUCAGUGCAUGGCUGCUGUUAUCUUUAUCUACUUUGCUGCUCUCUCUCCAGCCAUAACAUUUGGAGGCCUACUGGGUGAGAAGACAGACGGUCUGAUUGGUGUUUCUGAGCUGAUUGUGUCGACAGCAGUGCAGGGUGUGAUCUUCUGCUUGCUUGGAGCGCAGCCGCUACUUGUUGUGGGCUUCUCCGGACCCCUGCUGGUCUUUGAAGAAGCUUUUUACAGUUUCUGCAACGCAAACGACAUAGAGUACCUGACGGGCCGCGUCUGGAUCGGGUUUUGGCUCAUCAUCAUUGUGAUUGUCACAGUGGCCUUCGAGGGAAGCUUCCUGGUCCGCUUCGUCUCCCGCUUUACCCAGGAGAUCUUCUCCUUCCUCAUCUCCCUCAUCUUCAUCUGCGAGACCUUCAUCAAGCUCGGCAGGAUUUUCAAGGAGCAUCCUCUGAAACGUUGCUCCCUUGACAACAGCACAGAAGGGGACGCCUCGACAGAAAAUAUAACACACUUGCUGAGCAACAGCACCCAGCCUGUGACGGAGGUGGUCCUAGGCCAGCCCAACACCGCGCUGCUCUCCCUGGUUCUCAUGGCCGGAACAUUUUUCAUUGCUUUCUACCUGCGCAAAUUCAAGAACAGUGCGUUCUUCCCUGGAAGGUUUCGCAGGAUUAUUGGAGAUUUUGGUGUACCAAUUGCCAUCCUCAUCAUGGUCCUGGUGGAUUACAGUAUAAACGACACGUACACACAGAAACUGAGUGUUCCUGAAGGUUUCUCUGUAACGAGUCCCAAAAAACGUGGCUGGAUCAUCAGUCCUCUGGGUACAGAUGGUGAAUUCCCCAUCUGGAUGAUGUUUGCCUGCUGUUUUCCCGCUCUGCUGGUUUUCAUCCUAAUCUUCAUGGAGACUCAGAUCACCACCCUGAUAGUGAGUAAGAAGGAGCGGAUGCUGGUGAAAGGUUCUGGUUUUCAUCUGGACCUGUUGCUGAUCGUGGUGCUGGGCGGCAGCUCUGCUCUGUUCGGCCUGCCAUGGAUGGCCGCUGCGACCGUUCGCUCAGUGACCCACGUCAACGCCCUUACUGUCAUGAGUAAGGCCGUCGCCCCCGGAGACAAGCCUCGUAUCCAGGAGGUGAAGGAGCAGAGGGUCACCGGGCUCCUGGUGGCCAUCAUGGUUGGUCUGUCCAUUGUGAUAGGUGACCUGCUGCGUCAGAUCCCCCUGGCGGUGCUGUUUGGUAUCUUCCUCUACAUGGGUGUGAUGUCCCUUAAUGGUAUCCAGCUAACAGAGCGGAUGAUGCUACUGCUCAUGCCACCAAAGUAUCACCCUGACCACACCUAUGUACGCAAGGUCCGUACGCUGCGUAUGCAUCUGUUCACCUGCAUCCAGGUGGUGUGUCUGGCAGCCCUGUGGGCUGUUAUGUCGACCCAGGCGUCGCUGGCUUUCCCCUUCGUCCUCAUCCUCACCAUCCCUGUCAAGAUGUUCCUGCUGCGCCGCAUCUUCACCGUCAGAGAGAUUGCAUGUCUGGAUGCAGACGACGCAGAGCCGAAGUUUGUCGAGCGCGAGUGUCAUGAUGAGUACUCCGAGAUGCACAUGCCUGUGUAAUCCGCAACAAGCCCUCGUAUAACCACUUAACUGCUCUUAGUGGACACCAAAAUCACUCUACCAACCAAUGAGUCCUUCAAACUUGAAACACUCACAAUUUGAUGCCACAUCACUGUGCACCGCUGGCUCUCUUUAUUAUCACUGAGAUAUGAACGUACAGUAUGUCGGAGGUCUGGUUGGUUGUUAUUUUGGUCAAACUUUAACUAUUUAAGUAGCUUUUUAUCAGAUUGUUGGGGGCUCUUCUGCCAUUUAACAGCACUUUGUGGCACAAAGAAUCAAAUCGGUAGCGUGUGUGUUCACUCAUAAUAUACUUUUUUAAAAUAUAUAUUUCAGGGGACAAGAGAUUCCAAAUCAAAUGAUGCGAUCUCGAGCUCAAAAUUAAACGCGAUUACAGUAGAUAGAUUUGCAAGACUGAUUAAUUUUUAGCCCUGAAAGGUUGCUCUGAUUCACAUUGAAUAUGUGGAGGAUAUAUGGGAUUUAUUCUUUUAUAUUAACAUGCUGAGUUAUUGCUAUUCAAGUCUGACGCUUUUUUCAUGUUUUAAGCUCACCAAGCGCCUUAUGAAGGAAAUAAAAAGGUAUACUGAGAGGUUUUUUUCCUCAUUCUGUCUUAAUUUAGACAGUCGAUCACUUUACCCGCCUCCCAAAGCUCGUAGCACUUUUUUUAAGACACCAAAUCUAAACAAUGACUGUAUUUUAUGUAAUCAUUUUAUCUCCUUAGCGUCCUAUUAAUCCUUUAAAUAUCAGUGUUUCUUUAGUUUGUUUCUUAAAUGACUACCUGUGAUUGAUUUCUUUAGCUUGUCCUACUUUAACCAUACAUUAUUUUAGCAGUUUAGAUGAUAGUUGGGUUUUUAUGUCAAAUUCUGUACCUGCAGUGAAUUAAGAUCACCAGCAGAGGGAGAUCUUGCAGGACUGUGAUGAUGAAUUACCAAAAGAACUACAUGGAAAUGCAAUUUCUCGUUACACUAAUGCCAUGACAUCAUGUUUAAUUUUUUUAGUAGAAAAUGAAUACAGUGUUAAAUAAUAAAUAUACUCUAAAUGUCUCCAUGCACAUGUUUAGGGCACUAAUGUACUAAUGUAGAGUUUGUUUUGAGGUCUCACUUGAUUUAUGGGAAUCACUGUAAUUUAUUGGUUUCUUUGUCCAAGUGCCAAAUGUCUCAUGUAAAUAGUUUUAUGAUCAGAACAAUAAGCUGCAGUUUAGUCAUCUCACAUCUCCUAACAUUGUUGUUGUUCCUAAAUUAACAGAAUUUCAUAGUAUAACAUUCCUUGUUUUAUUAUUAUUUUGCUUUUUUUUUGGCAUCAACUAAUUGUCUCAUGUGAACUUGGUCGACCAAAUUUCCACACAAGCUGUGUAGACAAUCUCAAUAUUCAUGCAUUACUGAGAGGGAAGGCUUUUAAAAAUAUAUAUUAAUGUAUUUUCUUUUGUUUUGUGUCAUGUUGUAUCAGUGUGACAUGGAUUGGUUAAAGCUUUGACUGUGUCAAAUACCUUAAAUUUUCGGUCCUGUUACUCUCAAGUGUGUAUUUCAGUCACUACUUUUCCUGUCACUACUCUGAACUGUCCCAUCUCAGCCUGACUGUCGUUGUGAUCUUGUGCCUGUUUGAUGUCACAAAGGUGCACAAAAUCUCAAGUGCCUGUGGGACCAUGAAGUGAUCUGCUACAAGUGUAUGUUGUGUUUGUAAGGUCAACACAUGUGUUACAAUAGUUUGCACUUUGAAGACGCUCAUAAAUCAAACAUCUCUCCAUUUUUUAUCUGUUGCAAUAUGAGGCAUUAUUGCUGUUUUUGAAGAUUUAUUUGGAGUAUGUCACAGAACUUUCUUUUUUUGUAAUGUACACACACAUUUGGCUGCAUCAUGGCCAUGAACAAUGAAGGGGAUGUCAAUGAGAAGUAGGCAGUGGAGUAGAGUGUCAGUUUUAUGUUUGCUUAUUGUGCCUGUGGAUGAAGUGAAGGCAGUCUGUGUAUGCCAAAGUAUCUGUCAAAGUCGGGGAAAUGCUGACAAGAUAUGUUGUUGCAUUUCAAAAGCAAUACAAAGUCCUACAAGCUAUUGCUGAUGUCCCCUGUACAUUAAUGGUUGAAAUAUUGAUGACAAAUAAAAAGUUAUUUUCUAUUUA